AUCACAAACCCACUAGCAGCUAGAACUCGCGGGGUAGCUACUAUCAGCUACAGCGGGGACACUCUACAGAGAGCGACGAAUGGCCCGACUCUCGCCUAUCGUACGCCGAGCUAAAUGCCCCCAGCUGCUGCUGCUACUGCUGCCGCUGUUGCUGCCCCUCGCUACGGGGUUUGCAUCCUCUCGUUGGUUGAUCACAGGCGCGUCAACUGCCCAGACAACUGGAUCGCCACAACAGCCGUGCCGCCAAAGCCAUAUCCAUGGUGAACCACGCCGUGCGUCAAACAGAGGCGACAGCGGGGUUACAGCACCCAACAACCUACUGGAGCAGGUGCAGAGACGGACAACGGUUUGGGCGGAUACAGCGGACUUGAGUACCGUCGAACAACUUAACCAUGACUUGGGGUUGGUGGACGUCACGACGAACCCAUCCAUCGUUGCUGCGACCGCCCUGCAAGGCGCUGGUUCGGCGGGGAGCCUCCUGGUCCAGACCCCAAGCGGGUCUGGAGCAGCAUCAAAGCUGGAAAGCCACGAGCGCAUUGCUGUGGACAUAGGUCGGCGCCUUCUUCAGGUUGUUCCAGGAAGGGUGUGCACCCAGUUGGACAUUCGAUGUACCGAUGCCGAAAACAUGGUCAAGAAGGCCCGCGGUUUGGUGAGCACGUACUCGGAGGCCGGCAUCCCCCGAGAGCGAGUGUUGAUUAAGACGCCAGCCACCUGGGCUGGUAUUCGAGCGACGGAGAGGCUGGAACGUGAAGGUAUCAGGUGCUUGGUAACCCUUGUCUGUUCUCGGGUGCAAGGACAGGCGGCUGCGGAGGCCGGGGCUUCAAUAAUAGCAACAUAUGUGGGGCGCGUUUCUGACUGGCACAAGAAGGCGGCGGCCUCGGAAACAACCGGCGGUGCCCCCGCCCCGCCCGGCACGGCAAACGCACCAGCCUCCUGCGCGAGCGAAGACCCCGGCGUAACGCUGACCACGGACCUCAAGGACUACUUUGUUUCUCACGGAUUGCCCACAGAGGUCAUGGGGGCAAGUUUCCGAAGCGCCGAUCAGGUGGAAGCUCUGGCGGGGUGCGACCAUCUUACAAUAGCUCCACGAUUGAUCACAGAAAUGGCGCGACUUCCUCCAAGAGUCGGUACGGCUGGUGUGCCCACCAGCGGAAACAUGCCCCCAGAACAAGAAACGCGGAGGCCGAGUGAGCCGAUGAACGGAAACCCGUCGAAACCCGACGAGGAAUCGUUUCUCGCCGCCCUGGGUCGAGACACGUGCGGCACGGAAGUGCUUCGGUCGAGCGUCGAAGGCUUCGCGAGGGACACGGCGGCCCUGGAAGCCGCGGUCGCGAAGGCCGAGCGGUAG